AUGCCUCUCCUGAAGACUCUUGUGAGAAAAUUGGAGCGCAAGAAUGCCCACCAAAGGAAGGUUAUCAAUUCUCAUGCAGACAAAAUUAUUUCCACAGAGCUCCUCAGGAGAGCUUGCAUUGAUAAUCAUCAAUUGCUCCAAAAUUCAAGAGAAAAAGUUAUGGAAUUAGAAGGGGAGAGAAAAGAGUGGGAGGAAGAAAUGGCACAGGUGAACCAGGAGAAUUUGAGAUUAAGAGAAGAAAUUCAAAGAGUUUCUUCUACAUCAGACGCUCUGAAAAGGAAGAUGGACGUUCUGGAGCAGGAAAACUCCAGGUUGAGAAUGAAAGUUGUAACAAUCAAAGAAGAGGUCAAAGACGAAAAGAAAGAAAAUGCCAGGCCAACCAAAGCCACGUCGUACCUCUACGAGGCUGACAACGGAGCUGUCUCUCAGGCAGUUAAAGUAGCGUCUGCUGCCCAUUUCUUCUACCGAGGGCAUUUUUCAAAAAGCGAGAACUACACUCGCUGGUCAGAGUUGGGGACAGCCGAGAGAGCCAAGUGGACCAAGAAGUGGGCAAAAAUGAGGAAGGUCCAGAAAGAGCAAGCAGCACAAGGGUUCAUAAUUCUGCGGUCCCAAAUCAAAGAGGAAUUGGAAGAUGAGCCAAAAUGGGCAAUGGUUCUUCGGAGAAGAAAUUAA